CAGAUCCAGCAUUCACACUCAGACUGAUACACAGAGAACAGCAGCAGAUAGAGAAUUACAGAGUUUUACAGACUUACAGAGGGCUAAUCUUAUUGCUACAGUGCGUUUGGAGCUUCAACACUCUCAGAUUAUUCUUAUAUUAAAGCUGUUAAAGAAUUCAAUUAAGUGAUUGGCUGAUUUGACACCAAAAUGAAGAUCCUCUGCCUGUUCAUGCUGGUGGUGGGCUGCGUGUAUGCCGACGACGAUGAUAAAAAGGAAAAUGUCGGGACCGUAGUGGGAAUUGACCUUGGAACCACCUACUCCUGCGUUGGUGUGUUUAAGAAUGGACGUGUUGAGAUCAUUGCCAAUGACCAGGGAAACCGCAUCACUCCUUCCUAUGUGGCCUUUACAAGUGAGGGUGAACGUCUCAUUGGUGAUGCUGCCAAGAACCAGCUGACCUCCAACCCUGAGAACACUGUCUUUGAUGCCAAGCGGCUGAUCGGUCGUACGUGGGGUGACUCCUCUGUGCAGCAGGACGUCAAAUACUUUCCCUUCAAGGUUCUUGAGAAGAAGAGCAAACCCCAUAUUCAGGUUGACAUUGGAGCUGGUCAGCUGAAGACCUUUGCCCCUGAGGAGAUCUCUGCCAUGGUUCUUACCAAGAUGAAGGAGACUGCUGAGGCUUACCUGGGAAAGAAGGUUACACAUGCUGUGGUCACUGUCCCUGCCUAUUUCAAUGACGCUCAGCGCCAGGCUACCAAGGAUGCUGGCACCAUUGCUGGCUUAAACGUGAUGAGAAUUAUUAACGAGCCAACUGCUGCUGCCAUUGCUUACGGUCUGGACAAGAAGGACGGCGAGAAGAACAUCUUGGUGUUUGACCUCGGUGGCGGUACCUUUGAUGUGUCCCUGCUGACCAUUGAUAACGGUGUGUUUGAGGUGGUGGCCACUAAUGGAGACACUCACCUUGGAGGAGAGGACUUCGAUCAGCGUGUCAUGGAGCACUUCAUCAAGCUGUACAAGAAGAAGACUGGAAAGGAUGUGCGCAAGGACAACCGUGCUGUGCAGAAGCUGCGUCGUGAGGUUGAGAAAGCCAAGAGAGCCCUGUCCUCUCAGCACCAGGCUCGCAUUGAGAUCGAGUCCUUCUUUGAGGGUGAAGACUUCUCCGAGACUCUGACCCGUGCCAAGUUUGAGGAGCUCAACAUGGAUCUGUUCCGUUCCACCAUGAAGCCAGUGCAGAAGGUCCUUGAGGAUUCUGACCUGAAAAAGUCAGAAAUCAAUGAAAUCGUGCUUGUUGGUGGCUCCACUCGUAUUCCCAAGAUCCAGCAGCUCGUGAAGGAGUUCUUCAAUGGCAAAGAGCCCUCCAGAGGCAUCAACCCUGACGAAGCUGUGGCUUAUGGAGCUGCUGUGCAGGCUGGAGUGCUGUCUGGAGAGGAAGACACUGGAGAUCUUGUGCUUCUGGAUGUGUGCCCCCUGACUCUUGGUAUUGAGACUGUCGGAGGUGUGAUGACCAAGCUGAUCCCCAGGAACACUGUUGUGCCAACCAAGAAGUCCCAGAUCUUCUCCACAGCUUCUGACAACCAGCCAACCGUCACCAUCAAAGUUUAUGAAGGUGAGCGUCCUCUGACCAAAGACAACCAUCUCCUGGGCACCUUCGAUCUGACUGGAAUCCCUCCCGCACCCCGUGGCGUUCCUCAGAUCGAGGUCACAUUCGAGAUCGACGUCAACGGCAUUCUGCGAGUCACCGCUGAGGACAAGGGCACAGGCAACAAGAACAAGAUCACCAUCACGAACGACCAGAACCGCCUCACCCCUGAAGAUAUCGAGCGCAUGGUCAACGAUGCAGAGCGUUUUGCCGAUGAAGACAAGAAGCUGAAGGAGCGCAUUGACUCCCGCAACGAGCUGGAGAGCUACGCAUACUCCCUGAAGAACCAGGUGGGGGACAAGGAGAAGCUGGGAGGCAAACUCUCCGAUGAAGACAAGGAAGCCAUUGAGAAGGCUGUGGAAGAGAAGAUCGAGUGGCUCGAGUCCCACCAGGACGCCGACCUUGAAGAGUUCCAGGCCAAGAAGAAGGAGCUCGAAGAAGUAGUACAGCCCAUCAUUAGCAAGCUUUACGGCAGCGCAGGCGGUCCACCACCAGAGGAGGGCGAGGAAGACCAGGGUGAGAAGGACGAGUUGUAGAAAACCUGUGAUUUCCAUCUCUACACCUUCGCUUAUUUCGUUUCGGUCCUCCGGUGCCCUUUUCUCUCUGGGAAAGAUGAUUACUCUGGUGUACAUAUUGCUGGACUUGAAGGACAAUUGUGAGGGAAGGUGUGAAAGGGGGACAUUAAACCAUAAAGCCACGAUUAUCUUCUGAAAAGACUUGGAGCAUUUUGAGUGAGGGAUGUUGCUCUUCACUGAGGUGGAGAUUUAGUCAGCCUGGACUAAGGCUUGCUGCUGUUCUCAGGCAGUUUGAGGAGAGUUAUGUGGAGGGGUUGGGUGGGGAGGGAAGUGGGUGGGGGAGGAGGGGUGUAGUGGGUGUGUUGGGUCCUGGGCAACUGUCAUGUUCACAAACCUAACAAGUUAUUUAUUUAAAUUUGGCGAUUGUAGAGUGAUCAUUUCUACUGCAACGAUGUGGGGAAUAAAUGUUUGAUACAAAA